AUCAUCCAAUCCGGUCAGCUCUUUGGAAGAGAUGGCCGGCGGCUGUUUCAUCGCCGCCGUCGGGGCGAGGAAAAACAAAACAGGGAAGAUAAACCGCAGCCGAGCGGCCCCCGACCGCCCAACUGCCGCACAAUCAUUGGUUUGUCUCCCCCCUUCUGGGUUCAAUUGAAUGUGGGGCACAUAUCGGGGGAAGAGUAUGAAUUUUGCUUUUGGGUGGCAAGCUUUCAUGUCUUUCCCCUUCAAUCGCUGUUGCUGGCAUCAAAGGGUAGGAUUGUCUUGAAUCCUGAAACGAAAGAAGUUUCUAACCAGUUUGUUAGAGAACUCUGUUCGAAUAAUUACCUGUCGCUUUUCCUUCGUGGGAAAUUUGUUUAUGUCGAAUCGACGAUUCCGCUCGCGCGAUUUUCAUUCGAGCUUGCCCCGAGUCGUUUGAUAUGUCAAAGGGAUUGGGAUAAGCGUUCACUCAAUGGUAAGUUCCGCUAUUGUAUGUCUAAGAUUUCUUCCUCAUUGGUCGCAGCGUGAAUUGUGUUGCCCAGAGAUAGCUCUAUUACCAAACUCGGUUUACCAUCUAAU